UUGUAGGGGGGGGGGCGCGCUAUGAUUUGUGACUUCGGCGUCGUGGGCACAAGGUUUGGGUUUGAGGAGGGGAUGAGUGUGAGGGAAGAGGCUUGAUUGAUUUGAGAGUGGUGGUGGUGGUGCAAUGUUUGGGCGAUUGUCCCUUGUCGGUAGAAGUUGGUUAGGAUUUUGAAGGACGGGAUGAAAAGUUGUGGGGUGCAAAAAAAGCAAGGAGCCGUUCAUUCUUGUGCAUGUUUUUGUUGGAGCAUUUGGGGAUUUUGUAACAACGGCUGUGGAAUUGUAAAGUUUUGUGAACGCGUUUUGUCAGGGUCGUAGUGGUGGCGACUUGCAAUUACAUAAUUUGCAGACAGUGCAGGUGGAGUGUGUGGUGGAGUGUUUGCUGCCACUGCAACGCUGAACUGAGUGAUCGUGCCCGCAAUUUUCCUUGACAGAUUGCAUAUCUCUCGGUUCAGCUUCAGGUGAUCUGGAAUUUCGAGAAUCGCUUCGAACACGAAGUUCACAAUACGAUCUGGGCUUUUGUUCUUUUGAUCUGAAUACAGGGUUUGAUGGCAGCCCCCUUUUAUGAACUCUAGUGGCUGAAGCUGCUAAAGUCCGUGUAGAUUUCUGUGGGUACUUCACUAGUGUACUCUUGAAGAGGAUCUUUAGAACCACAUGUUUAUUGCAUCAUCUCACGGAAGGCAGAUAGUGUUCAUGCAUUGUGGAUGUUGGAUUCUUUCGAUGUGAUUCUCUUCGACGUUCUUGGGAUCAUACGCGAAGUGUACGUGAACUGUAGAGGAGUCCCUACUCCGAAGAAAUGAGACGCUGCCUGUCUCCUCAUGUUUUUGACGAUGCAUCUUAUUGUUGACCAUGAGUUGUCUUAGUAAGAUGACUGUUUGUGAACUAGAUUGACAGGAAUGAUACCUGGCGUUUGUUAAGGUUGAAGAAUGGACCAGCGAUGACACAUCUUAGAAGAAGGGCAAUUACAGUGGCAUGAAACCCUGCUUUUUCAAUUCCGUUCUGGUUCCCAUCUCAUCUGGAUUGCUCUAGGCAAGGGAGCUUGUAACCUCAAGUGAAAGCGAGGUGAAGAUGGGUGUCCAUUCGGUAUGGGCGAUAUGUCUUGGGUUACAGUUCGCUACAGCGAUGUGGACAGUGCGUGCGUUUGUGCCCACGGACGAACUUCUCGUUGCCUGUGGUGCUUCAGGAAACGUAACAACAGUCGACACACGUAUCUUUAAGGGAGAUAGCGGCCCGGCACCCUUGUCAAACCCCACACUGUCUUCCUCGGGAGAGGUGGGUUCCACCAGUACCCCGGGGAAUAAUCUUCCAAAUCCUAAACUAUUCCAGCAGGCACGGUUUUUUCGAGCCAAAUCGAUUUACACAUUUCAAGUGAGUGGUGGACGAUACAAUAUCCGGCUCUAUUUCUACCCCUUCGACUUUCAGAACUACAAAUCCAAGGACUCGAAGUUUUCUGUAAUUGCUAACCAAUACAGGCUGCUUAACGACUUCCAGCCUGAAUUAUACAAGAAUGCUUCUAAACCAUUGAUUUUCAAGGAAUACUCCUUGCACGUUUCCAUUAAAAAGUUGGAGCUCACCUUUGAUCCGGCGGCGUCCUCGUAUGCCUUCAUUAACGCAAUCGAGGUGAUCUCCACGUCAGAGGAUGUGUUACAAUCUUAUGCUUUCCAGGUAGGGUCGGAUGGGAGUGAAAGAGUCCCCUCGAAUACUGCCAACAGCGCUCUGGAGACGAUGUACCAUGUGAAUGUAGGUGGAGACUCACUGUCCACAAUGGAUGAUUCUUUAGGGAUGUUUCGUACUUGGGAAUCCGAUGGACCUUACGUGUCUAUGUCUAUGAAGGGUUAUAAUUUCAGUAAUCCUUUUUCGAUCAUCUCGUAUGCAAGUGAAGCGGGGCUAGACGUUGCACCGCAGAUCGUGUACCAAUCUAUGCGAUAUGUCACUGUAGUCACUGCAGGUGGCCAACUCAACCUCACAUGGACCUUUACCGUCGACUUGGGCUUUACUUAUCUUUUGCGCUUGCAUUUCUGUAAGAUUGAAACGAAUUAUACGGGGAACCCUGAGUUAAGAAUUUACGUUAACAACAUGGUGGGAAUAAGCUCAUUGUUUCUUGAUACGCCACCGAACCAACCUAUGUUUCAAGACUUUCUUGUCAAUAUGACGACGGGAGGAUCCAUCUUAAAGGUGCAAGUGGGGACUGUGCCGGAUGCAUCAGUAACGUCUGGAAAAAAGCCAUUCCUGAAUGGAUUAGAGAUCUGGAAGCUCAGUACCACUUCAGGGAGUUUGGGAGGUGACGUCGGUGGGGAUGGGAAUGGGGGUAGUGGCAUACAAACAGGAGCUAUUGUGGGAGCCGCAGUGGGAGGGUUUGCUGUUAUCGUACUGGCGGUGGUGCUGAUUUUCUUCUCUUGUUGCCGGAAGUCCCCCAAAUUGCCUUCCACCUCAACCAGGAAGCCGCCACCGUCGUCAUGGUUGCCGAUUCACGGGUUCACAGACUCCGUUGUGAGCAAGAUGUCCUCCGUCUCUCAAAAGAGCGGAAGUGGUAGUUAUGCGUCGACUGUACCGGGUGGCAAUCUUGGACGGUACUUCACCUUCGCGGAGCUUCAGGAGGCCACCAAUAACUUCGAUGAUUCUCUGAUCUUGGGAGUGGGUGGUUUCGGGAAGGUUUUCAAGGGCGAGAUAGACGAUGGCACUAAGGUUGCAGUGAAGCGAGGGAAUCCAUGCUCUGACCAAGGAUUGGCGGAGUUUCAGACCGAAAUCGAGCUGCUUUCAAAGCUGCGACAUCGGCAUUUGGUGUCAUUGAUUGGUUACUGUGAAGAGCAUUCUGAGAUGAUCCUCGUGUAUGACUACAUGGCCAACGGUCCCCUCCGGGGCCACUUAUACGGGACCGAUCUCCCUCCUUUGUCAUGGAAACAGCGCCUGAAAAUUUGCAUCGGUUCCGCUCGAGGCCUACAUUAUCUGCACACAGGGGCAGCGCAAGGAAUCAUUCAUCGUGAUGUGAAGACCACGAACAUUUUGUUAGAUGAGAAUCUAGUUGCCAAAGUUGCUGACUUUGGUCUAUCGAAGACUGGUCCGAGUCUCGAGCAGACUCACAUUAGCACAGCAGUGAAGGGAAGUUUCGGAUAUCUGGAUCCUGAGUACUUCAGGAGGCAACAACUGACCGAGAAGUCCGAUGUCUACUCUUUUGGCGUGGUGCUUAUGGAAGUUCUGUGUGCACGGCCUGCGAUCAAUCCGGCUCUUCCUCGCGACCAAGUGAACCUCGCGGAGUGGGCGAUGCAGCAUCAAAUGGCUGGGAAUCUGGAGUCAAUCAUAGAUCCCAGGCUUGUUGGCCAGGCCAGCCCGGAGUCGGUGCGCAAGCUCGGUGAAACAGCGGAGAAAUGUCUUCAAGAAUGCGGCGUGGAUCGGCCAGCCAUGGGUGACGUGCUGUGGAACCUAGAGCAGGCUUUGCAGCUUCACGAGUUGUCUUCAGUAAAUUCAUCAUCUGUGUCGAUACAAUCUAUUCCAUACGGUACCAGGGCUCCAGCGGUCUCUCCCAUCCCUCAGGCCAUGCGUGACUUCGCGCUUGACGACAGUUACUCCUCCAUAUCUAGUGAUCACCAUAUUCUGAUCAGCGAUGACGAUAACUCGACUAAGCACACCGCGGUCUUCUCACAGAUAAUAAACCCACAAGGAAGGUGAGUCCUCUAUUGUAUACGUAAAAGAAACCAAACUCAUACAUGAGCGAACCAUACCUCAUGUGUGACGAUGAUCAGUCGGACACUUCGUCCCUGGACUCACCUCCGCUUGUGACAAAAAUCCGAGCUUGGGCUUGUCUGCUUUUGUUAGUUCCAGGCUGCCUUUUGCUGCAUCAAUUGCUAUUGCACAGGAAAUGUCUGUGAAUGCGUGUGUGAAUGUUUAGACUAAAAUCCUGAUCUGUCUUUUUUUAUGCCUAUUAAAGGUAGAGAGGUGCCUAAUUUCAGAUCUAUCUGGAAAAUGGUGCUACUGGAAUGAGCACCAUUUUCCAGAUGCUACCCAACUCAGAAGUAACUAUCUGGAAAAUGGUGCUCAUUUCAGAUUUAUUGGGUUGUAUGUUGUUGUUAGAGGAGUUCAAUCCAGUUUGGGCACGUCUACCUUUGUUGUAACCUUCAGGGGUUUGCAUUCCAAGUUGCAAACCCAGCACAUGAUAAGGCUUCAUAUUUGAGAUUUGUGUGUUUGGUUGGAA